AUGGCCUCAACCAACAAACCACACGAAGAACAUCAAUACUUAGACCUCGUUCGACGUGUCAUAGAUCAAGGACAACAUCGACCAGAUCGAACAGGAACCGGAACUCGAUCACUCUUUGCACCACCACAACUCAGGUUCACCUUAACAGAUUCAACCUUACCAUUACUAACGACGAAAAAAGUAUUCACGAAAGCUAUUAUCCAUGAAUUGUUAUGGUUCAUCAAAGGAUCUACUUCAUCACUAGACUUAUCAUCCAAAGGAGUGAAUAUCUGGAAUGGAAACGGAUCUAAAAAGUAUUUAGAAAGUAUUGGAUUAGAUCAAAGAUCUGAAGGAGAUCUAGGACCGAUCUAUGGAUUUCAAUGGAGACAUUUUGGUGCUCGAUACAAAACUUUUCAAGAUGAUUAUACUGAUCAAGGAAUCGAUCAAUUAAAAGAAUGUAUUGAAAAAAUUAAAUCCAAUCCAACGGAUCGUCGAAUCAUUUUAACGGCUUGGAAUCCUAGCGAUUUAUCGAAAAUGGCACUUCCUCCUUGUCAUAUGUUUUGUCAAUUCUAUGUAACCUUAGCAGAUGAUCAAAAUCCCAAACCAAGAUUAUCUUGUAUACUUUACCAACGUUCAGCAGAUAUAGGUCUAGGUCUACCUUUCAAUAUAGCUUCAUACGCCUUACUAGUUCAUAUGAUCUCACAAGUCACAAGUACAGAACCUUAUGAAUUGAUCAUUCAAUUAGGUGAUGCACAUCUUUAUAAUGAUCAUCUUGGUCCUAUUCAAACUCAACUUGAUCGUCAACCAAGACCGUUUCCGAAAAUCAAACUUAGAGAACAGGUUCAUGAUAUUGAUGGGUUCGUUUAUGAAGAUUUUCAAAUUUCCGAGUAUGAUCCUCAUCCUAAAAUUGAAAUGGCCAUGUCUGUGUGA